AUGCCGGCCAAGAUGUCUGCUGGUUACCCCUCUGAUCUCGAGGGCAUCGACUCUCGAGACAGUGCCACUGAGUCUGGAUAUGUUAGCGGCUCCUCAUCUGAAGAAUAUAUCCCCGAGAUUGUCUUCACCAAGCCUCAUCUCCAGUUCUUGAACCGUCAGCUGCAAUUCCUCGAACCCCAAGAUAUCCUCAAAUGGUGCAUCACAUCACUCCCCCACCUCUUCCAGACCACAGCCUUCGGCCUGACUGGGCUGGUCACUCUGGAUAUGCUGUCCAAGCUGGAGGUUCCCCGCCCCCAGAUGGUCGACCUGAUCUUCCUCGACACUUUGCAUCAUUUCCCUGAAACCCUGGCCCUGGUUGACCGUGUCCGCAAGCGUUAUCCCAACAACAACGUGCACGUGUACAAGCCAGCUGGUUCUGAUACUGCCGCCGAAUUCGAAGCCAAGUAUGGUUCCCGCCUCUGGGAGACCGAUGACCAGCUCUACGACUGGGUUGCCAAGGUUGAGCCCGCCCAGCGUGCUUACCGCGAGAUGAACGUCCAUGCCGUCCUCACUGGCCGUCGCCGUAGCCAGGGUGGUAAGCGUGGUGACCUCGACGUCAUCGAAGUCGACGAGGCCGGUCUCAUCAAGAUCAACCCCAUGGCCAACUGGACCUUCGACCAGGUUAAACAAUAUGUCAAGGAGCACAAUGUUCCCUACAACGAGUUGCUCGACCGUGGCUACAAGAGCGUUGGUGACUGGCACUCCACUCAGCCUGUGGCCGACAACGAGGACGAGCGCUCCGGUCGUUGGAAGGGCCAGCAGAAGACCGAGUGCGGCAUCCACAACCCCCGCUCAAAGUACGCCCAGUACCUGAUGGAGUUGGAACGGAAGCGUCAAGAAGAGGCUCUCACCCAGGCACUUCAGUCCCAGCUUACUUCUGCUGCCCAGUGA